AGGGCCUGUACUUCGCCUACAGGAGCACAUGCGGUCCAGAGAGGGAGAAGGUCAACGAGCCGUCCGCGUUCUUCCUGGCCGGGCGCAGCAUGGAGUGGUGGGCCAUCGGCCUCAGCAUCUUCGCGUCGAACAUCGGGACGGAGCACUUCGUCGGGCAGGCCGGCGCGGCGGCCGCCACCGGCAUGCCCGUGGCGAUCUAUGAGUGGACCGCUGGCCUGCUGAUAUUCGCCCUCGGCUGGGGCCUGGCGCCGAUGUACCUGGGGCUGGACCUCAUGACCGUCCCGGAGUGGUUCGAGCGCCGCUUCAACAAGUGGUGCCGCCUCUUCCUCGCGGGGAUCUCCAUCUUAGCGUACGUAAUCACGAAGAUUGCGGCAUCGCUCUUCGCGGGUGCCGUAUUGUUUGACGUGAUCCUCGAGGUCGACAUGUGGAAAAGCGUCCCAGUCCUCCUGGUGUUCACGGCCAUCUACUCUGCCGCUGGCGGGCUGAAGGCGGUCAUGUACACCGACUCCAGCCAGGCGAUCAUAUUCAUCGUUGGUGGCAUCGCUGGGUGCAUCGUGGCGCUCACCAAAAUAGGCGGCGUGUCGGGCAUGGUCGACACCCUGAACGAUGCGGGACUCGGCUACUUCACGCACACCCUGCGCCCGAUAAGUGACAUAGACUACCCUUGGCUGGGCAUGCUGCUCGGGCAGCCCAUCGCGUCCGUCUGGUACUGGUGCAUCGACCAGGCGGUGGGAGCCAGCUUCCGGGCUCAGAAGGUGUAA